CUUUAUGAGGCAAUAAAAGAAGUCGCAAAAGUUGAAUCGAACCGACAAACGAAAUGGGAGCGAAAUCUAUGUGGCCAAUGAUUCCUUCGACACUGAUGAUGUUUCUUCUUGCGCUUACGUCGUACGCUGCCAUGUUGCACUUGGUCAUGAUGCUUCGACGGUAUUGCGAAGAGAAUGAGUGUGGAGUUAGGCGGAUGUUUGUGAAUGCUGGGCAUUGAGGGUUUUCAAUGGAAAAGAGUCAGAGCUGAAGGAAUGUUCUUAUUGAAGACGAAGAAGUGGGUAACUACAUCGACGACAAAUGUUGUGGAACUGACGAAUGAGCAGUGUAACCAUCAUCGAGCUGGUUCCUCGGUCCGCCAGAAUGCCUCUUGUGUAGACGACCAACCAGAGAAAAUGGAAUUGUCAAGAAC